UUCAGCUCCCAGUUCACUGUAGCUCCUCUGCCAGACAGCACUCACCCAUCCACCGUCACACAAUCUCGAACACAAUCACUGCCACUAUACGACAGCUGACAACACCUUUUCAUUUCCUCAGCAACACCACAGACUCACACUGCCAGAUCCAAGAGAAGAGAAAGACAGACUCGAUUUGUACUGCAGACACACCAGCUUUGAGGAGGCUGGGUUGAGGCUGGAGAGGGUAACUGGAGAAUGGAAUGGAACCUCAGAAGGAUGGAAAGUGAACUGAGGCACAUCAACCCGGACCUGCUGCAGCCCAGCAAGAGCUUCAAGAAGCCCUCAUCAGGCACUAUCACCAUCAACGUAGGGGGGUUCCUGUACACCGCCCACCGGACCACCCUUGCCAAGCACCAGGGUUCCUUUCUGGAAGAGCUGGCCAACGGUAAGAAGCCGGUUCAGCACACUGAUUCCAUGGGCAACCCGUUCAUUGAUAGAGAUGGCCCCGUUUUUCGCCAUGUGCUCAACUACCUCCGAACCGGAGAGCUCCAACUGCCUGAUGACUUCCGUGAGGCAGGGCUCCUGCGACGUGAGGCCGAUUUUUACCGUCUGAGUGAACUGGUGGAAGCUGUGGCCGAGUGGGAAAGCCAGAGGGCAGCCCAGCGGGAGGCUGCAUUUUUGGAGGUGACAGAUAGCCACGAGAGGUCGCAGGGCCUCAAGGUGUACUGCAGUGACCCCAUCUUUAUCGACAAGGUCAAAGCGCGGCUGGUGCAGAUCUCCAAGAGCCGCUUGGACGGCUUUCCAGAAGAAUUCGUGGUGUCGUCCAAUGUGAUCCAGUUCCGACACUUCAUCAAGUCAGAGCCAGGCUCGCGGCUCGUACUGAAGGAGGACAGCACCUUCUUGUGCACACUUGACUGUCUGAAACUAGAGACAGUGAUGCUAGCACUGAGAUCCGGCUUCAAGAUGGUCACCAGCCUCGAUAGCAGCAAAGGCUCCGUGGUGGCGGCUGAGGCCCUGCACUUUGUCAAGUAG